UUCUCUUACUCAUUAACCAGACCGUCAAGUUGUUCGGCUCAGUGAACACACAGACACACACGCGAGCACACAAGCACGCAGAAAACAGAAGUAGAGUCUCGGGGACUCGUGGCGACGUGGCUGGCUAUGGCACAGGGUUCUGACAGCAACGAUGCAAGUUACACCAGGUCUCCAUCUCCAGGCAGCAAGCAGGACUCCUCAGACGAUAUGAAGAAGGUCAUGAGGAGGGAGAAGAAUCGCAUCGCAGCCCAGAAGAGCAGACUGAGACAGACUCAGAAAGCCGACAGCCUGCACUUGGAGAGUGAGAACUUGGAGAAGGAAAACGCCGCCUUGCGGAAGGAGGUGAAGCAAUUGGAUGAGGAGGCCAAGUACCUGUCCUCCGUUCUCAGCAGCCACGAGCCACUGUGCUCCGCUCUCCUGCCUCAGUCCACCGACAUCCUCUACUCCCCCCACCAGGGGGCCUUCCACCAGCCUCAAGUGACCUCACGCUACCAGCACUGACCACCGGGGGCAGCAUAGAAGUGCACCUGCUAACUCAGUUUUUCAAUUGUCUGUCUCAAUGCAUGGAGCAAUGAACCUUCCAGGAUAGCUCACUGGGUUCAAAUAAGGCUGUCUGUAACCUGAAGUAAGGGUGAGUCUGCGGUUACAUGGUACGUAUAAGGAAUUGUUUCUCGAGACAAAUGGAAUAACCACCUCAAUGACACAUCCUUAAGAAACUGAAUUAACUUAACAGCUUAUCCACUGGACAGCUAAGUUAUGAUGGUUUUUAAUAUGAUUUCAUAGCAGCUGAAUUAGCUAUUUGAAUGUGUGAAUAUAUGAAUGUUUUGUAUGUAAGAUUGCAGCAAGGUCAAAUAGUAGUUCCACAAAGUAAACUUAAAUGUUUCAUUCCAAUAAACAGUAACAACCACACGUAAUGUAUUUGUGAGUAAAGUGCAAAUGUAAUACAAUGAUGGCAGAUUUAUUUUUGUGUUAUACGUGAGUAGAUUUUUAUUUUUAAAUGUCUUAUUUAUAUUAAGUGAUUAUGAUGUGAAUCAUAAGUGUUAUGAAAAAAGGCCUUGAAUUUUUGAUUCAGUUUCUGUAAUGGAGAUUGCUCUUGUUACAUAUUGGGAUUGUGAGGCGAAAAAGUUACCUUUGCUGACAAAGCACAACGAGACAAUGGGAUUUUUUUAAAAAGGGUACUGUCUAUUGGUUAUGUAGAACAGAAAUGUUUUUGGUUGUUGCAUUCAUCGUAAAAGAAUGUUUUAGGGUUAACACUUUAACUCAACAAAUACCUCGGGAGCACAAACAAACUGGCGAUGUUUUUCUGUAUAUUAAACGCGUUUUACGAGAUUACUUCGUAGUUUCCCUUUUCCUGAAUGGAAUAUUAGUAGGCUAUUCAGAAACAAAACAUCACGCUUAAUAUUCCCAGUUUUGUUAAUAUUACAAGUAUAAAUGAAUAAAUGACGUUAUAAUCAUGUAGUCCUUUGAAUUCACCAGCAUGGGGCUCUAUGAUAAAAUGAACUUGAAAGCCUAGUCAUGAAAACCUAGUGUGAACUUGUGGCUUUUAUGUGGAGAUUCGCGGGAUAUUCACUGGCUUAUUCUGUUUUCGAUUACCUGUGUCACUGCCUGUCAAUGUGCCUCCAGCCCUGCUUCCAAUACUGUAAUGUAAUGUUGAUGAUCGUAUGUUUGCUUGGUGCACAUGGUAUAUAGAUAUUCGUUUUCUGUCGCAGCAUCGACGUGCGUGGCAAUGGUAAUCACAUCCAUCUCACAGAAACCGCUGAACAUCUGGUGAUUAAUUUGUGCUUUUGGUUAUGCAAAGAAGUGAAGACAGCAAAAGAUCACACUGUGUUUUAGGAAGACGGUUUAUGGAGAAAACACCUUCGUCUGAAUUCUGUUUCGGGGAAUUUUUCUUAUUAAUUUUUUAUAGGCGGAAAGCGUAACAGUCUAAUGAAUCCUAAUAGCGCUGUUGGAUUUAAAUGUUGCGAAAUCUUCGCGGGCACGUUUAUGUCUUUAUGUCUGCUUUCUUGAAUAUAUUCUUCUACCACAUUAAACCGACGAAGUACCCGUGAUUCUUUGAUGUUUUGUUGCUUAUUAUGUUUCACUGACAGCUGCUCGUCAACAUGGUAAGGAACAAUUAUUGUGCUUACAGUAGAGGGCGCUAUUUAUCCGCUUUGAAAGCACGGUAUUUGUUGUUUUGUUCACGAAUAUAUGAAUGUAUUUUAUUAUUAAUGUGCCAUUACAUAGUAUAUUCAGUAUUGUGAAUAUAACAGAUAUGUAAUACAUUCCUAUGCGCUUUUAUUUUUCUUAAAAUUAAAUAUUAAAAAACAA